AAACAAGGAUAGUUAUGCAAAAGCGUGGAGGUACCACAGACCUUAUAGGAAAUAUGGCGCAAUUGCCCACAACGCAUGAUCGCCAGCUUCACCCCCCGCUGAGACACAAAACUUUUAAGAGGGCGGCAUGCAGUCAGAAAGCUAGCGCAAUGCUGGGUGACAUCGUUGUUUUCUAACGCUGCCAUUCUUAUAGGGUAGCACACCAUCGCACCUGCUCUGCGGCACCAACACGUCAGCUAUCAACCCCGGCGGUUCGUCCGAGCUUCACCAUCAACCACGAACUCUCAACCACAGCGCAACGAUCCAAAUCAACAGAAACUGCAAAGCGCGCAUAGCAGAUGGAGAGUAAUGUCGGAGACCUAUCACUCAAACUUUGGACAGCAGAUCUUCACCGACGUAUCUGCGAAUGGGAAUUCGUCUGGACGUGAUCGUUUCGAGAUGCUCGACGCAACUCAAUUCUACCAUACCGACCGCGACUAUCAAGUCCCAGGAACACUGCAUCUUUCAGGGCAAGACAGUAGCUAUGCACACGGCCACCCGUUCGCAUAUGCGUCGCACAGCGGCCCGCCGUCGCUCCCAAGCCUGCACACGAUGCCCCCUAUGUCGACACACCUCCCGUCGCAGUACGAACCUGAUGUCAACAUUCUAGAUGAGCUCCAAGGGUUUUCUCCAGUCACGGCUGCCUACAACAUGAACGCAUACCGUACUCCCUAUCCGGACAGCAACGCGACUUCGACGUCAUCAGCUACUAGCCCUGAUCCCCAGGUUGGCAUGAUGCCUGACCCAAUCAUUGUGGAGGCGGACGAGGAUAAGCGGAAACGCAAUCAAGCAGCAUCCGCACGCUUCCGGCAGAAGAAGAAGCAGCGGGAGCAGCAGUUGAUGGAGAUGAGCAGAGAGAUGCAGGAAAAGAUGAGGAAACUGGAGUCUGAGAAUGAGGGGUUGCGGAAGGAGAACUUGUUUUUGAAGAAGCUUUUGGUUGAGAAGGUCGACUACAUGAGCGAGGAGGAUAGAGAGAUGCUGCUGAAAGCGACGGGAGAGGCGCUGAAGAAGGCUUCAUGAGCGCUAUGAGGGUCCUUCUUAACAUUAGUCUCACCUUUCACGGCUUUGAGGAGCAGAUGCCUUUAAGACAUGAGGGCAGACCGGCCCAUUCAAUUACAUGAUAUACGAGGCGAGGCGUUGAAGGUCACUAUCCGGAUCGAUCAUUAGGAUUCAAAUUUGGGGAGGAGUUAUCGGACUGGUUACACUACACUCGAAUCUACAACACCCCUGUGGACACCACACACAAUUUCAUCGAUCUGCAUCAUACAACACGGCCUCAGACUGUCCGAAGUACCCAUACGCGGCACUGGAGGAUGAAUAGAAGACACCUAACAAGGCGUUCAAGCCAGCGGCUCCCACGUGAAUAACAAGUCCAGCUAUCCAGAGUAAGAUCG